ACAAGAAUCGGUUUGUGAACACUAGCGGCUACAAUGAGGUUUUACAAAGUGGACUAUCUCUGCGACAGUUCGUGUGGCGGGUCAAGCCACCUACUCGACUUGGCGGUGUGUGUUUUGACUACCGGCACAUGAAUCUCAUACACAGGUAGAUCGAAUACUUCUGCUGUUGUAUAUAAUACACACGGGGUGUAUACCGGGAGAAACAGUCAGAAUAACGUUCCUGGAUCUAUUGCGAAGACUCUAUGGCAACACUAACCAGUUGAAAGCUACUUGAUGAGAAAAUGUCAGGGCAAGUUCACCCCAGAUCGGGAACCUGGUGUGGAUUCCUCGAACUUGCUGGCGAGCGUAACAACUUCACACUAAACAUCGCCUUCUUCUCCGACAGAAAGUUGUCGGGAGCCGGCCGCGAUGACGUAAACGAGUUCUACGUCACGGGAGUGUGGGAGCCGACAGAGGGCAAGGUCAGGAUGCUGAAGCACUACAUCGGCGACCACGACCACAGCACCCAUCUGGACGGCAGGAUAACCAACAAGGGCUGUCACGUGGCGGGGAAAUGCUGGGGCAAAGAGAAAUUUGAAAUGAAUAUUUCAGACGACGACCAAAACGCCCUGUCGUCCACUUGGCAGCCCCAAACAGGAACAUGGAACGGAUCGUACAGACAAGGCGGGAAAUGGUACAACUUCACAGUUGAGAUUUUCUUUCGGUCAUACGGACACAUCAUUGGCAGGGGCUUUGACUCCAUCGGCCAUUUUAAUAUAAAAGGAUUGUGGGAAGGGAAGGCCGUGCACUUCACCAAGAGUUACGUCGGGGCAGAUGAUGUCAUCCACGAGGGAGUCAUCUCGAAUGAUGGCACGGAGGCGUCCGGAAUAUACCGAUGUGGAAAAGUGGACAUAUUUAAAAUAGGCUUAUGUCAAGAUACAGUGGAAGAGAGCGCGAUUAUCUGGCCGCGUAGUGGACGCUGGAAAGGCUUGUACGUCGAAGAUAAGAAGGAUAUCCCGUUUACUGUGGAGCUUCAUUUUGGACUGGACAGAUUUUCAGGAAAAGGAGCCGAUAAAACGGGCACGUUUUCCAUGGACGGUACGUGCUCCGGUCAAGAGGUGAAUUUCCGGAAACAGUAUCUGGAGAAACACCGACACUCGAUAGGCAGGUGCCACGUGCCCUUCACUGGUUGCAUGUCGCGUGAUGGGCAGUUCGUAAUUGGGACCUACUCGGAAAAAGAUUAUUUUGAAAUGCGAUUUCAAGUCUGAAGGCAUACUCUUGUUUGCAGGUUUCGGCGGUGGUAACACUCAACAUGUUUGUUAACUGGAAUACAGGAAUAAAUACUAGUAAUGGCACGAGUUACUAUCUUUCCUUUCUGAGACAUGUAUACAUUUCUGUCAAAUACCCGAUCAUAAAAAGAGGUCAAAUAUUGACCUUUACUUAAGCUAUAGUGCUGUAAUUUCACAACCCCGUUGUGGUAUGGUUUGCAUUUUCUUUAGGGACCCACCCUCCACACAUGAAAGGUGUUUGUGAAAACGUAGCUGAGUAAGCUGGCGGUAAGAGAGCUAGAUGGACUUUUGGACAGUUAACACGCUCUCUUACCAAAUGUCCGUCUAGCUCUCUUACCGUCAGAGUACUCGGGCUAGCAAAAACCACGGUGAUCAGUUGUGGGUGGAUGCACUCACGAACCAAUUUUAAAAUAGCUGUUUACGAACACUGAGCAUAUCCUUGCCAACUGGUAGCUCAUAUAUGUCAAGUUUAACAAUGAAACAUAGAAAACAAGUUUCAUUUAAAAAUAAAGAUGAUAAAAGUGCAUAAAACCUCAAAAUAUGGUUCAACAUUAAACAUUAUUUUAGUCAGUGAUGUAUCAUAUUGAGUAAUGGCCUCUGAAUGUCUACCAAAAAACCUUUUUGAAAGCCUUCAAGAGACAUCCAAUAGCUGAAUAAUAAAUCAAUGUGCUCUAGUGGUGUCGUUAAACAAAAACUUUUCAUGGAUACUUAAAUAUCAUAAAACUAUCUUAUGAAAUAUGUGUGCCACAAUGAUAAUGUGUGAAAUCAAUAUAAAUGUCCUAAGAUAUUUCAAAACUGGCCAUGGCGAGAUGUAGCUAGAAUAGAAGGCAUAUUACUCCAACAUGAAGUGAAAAUUUAUAACUGGAAUAUUGAACUGUUUCCCCUUUCGUCAGAGAGCUUAGUUUGAGGCCAGUGUUGAUUUGAAUCUCUAUCAAUCAACUAUUUGACACGUACUUACAUCCACUGAAGGUUCAAGCACGUUUGUUCGGUACAUUCACCGAUUCCCCAGUGGAUGUGUCCAUGACCUGGGAUUUGAAUCUCUAUGUACAUUCACCGAUUCCCCAGUGGAUGUGUCCAAGACAAGGGAUUUGAAUCUCUAUGUACAUUCACCGAUUCCCCAGUGGAUGUGUCCAAGACAAUGGAUUUGAAUAUCUAUGUACAUUCACCGAUUCCCCAGUGGAUGUGUCCAAGACAAGGGAAUGGAAUCUCUAUGUACAUUCACCGAUUCCCCAGUGGAUGUGUCCAAGACAAGGGAUUUGAAUCUCUAUGUACAUUCACCGAUUCCCGUGGAUGUGUCCAAGACAAGGGAUUUGAAUCUCUAUGUACAUUCACCGAUUCCCCAGUGGAUGUGUCCAAGACAAGGGAUUUGAAUAUCUAUGUACAUUCACCGAUUCCCCAGUGGAUGUGUCCAAGACAAGGGAUUUGAAUCUCUAUGUACAUAGACCAAGGCAUGAAACUACGACAGCAACACUGAGCAAGCAGUGAAUUUGACCACUAAUCUCUAAAAUAGUUGAUAACUCAGGUGCGUGUGCAGAGAUAUUAACAGGGCAAGGUCUAGAAUGUGGUGAGUGAAGUGCAUAGGUGUAAAGUGUAUUUUUUAUUUUUUUAUUUUUUUAAAGAUGGAAAAUGUGUUUCGUUUGGGAGGGGGUUUUGACACCCGAAAUCCUCUCACUGCAUGCGCACUUAUAAAACACUUGUUUUGGAGAAACUUGACUGCUGUGAUGGCAGUAUUCAAGAUGGUACCUGAGAUCACAGGCACCUGAUAGCGAUUCAUUACUGCAUGUCAUCACAGCUGUAUUUAUUCCAGUGAGCACUGCCCUGUGCUAGUUUUAAUUUAGUAGACUAGUCUGGGAGUGGCAGUCCUCUUAUGCAAUGUAAGAAGGAAGUACAUGUACUGUCCAGUAAAGGACCUGCUCGAGAGUGGUCGUCCUAUAAACGAUGCACUAGUUACAUGUAGAUUCAAACAAUCAACUACUAUUAUGUGUAGAAAUACAGUCUUGAUCAUGGAUAAUGGUUUUCUAUUCUCAUUACUUCCACCCAUUAGCAGCAAGAGGUGUCUCAUAUUCAAUGCAGACAGGAUGGUACAAACCAUGUUGUUUGGUUGUUUAGUAAAAAGACACAACAACCAAUGUUUUGGCCAAAAAAAACAAUUUAUAUUCAAUAAUGUGUUGUCAUAUAAAAUAAAAUAAUACAGGAAUAAAAUACUGCAGUAAUUAAAGAGAACACAUCGGCACAAGGAUGCCACAUGGAAUGUUCACAUUGUGUACAACUGUAAUAUUCCUCAUACCAUAUAAAUACUAGAAACAUUUUUUCUCAUUUUGGUUUCCAUUUUUAUUAAUCCUGUCUAACACACACCAAAAACAACAUGGUUACAAGACUGAAACAUUGCUUUUUAGUUCACUAAUGGAAGUUGUUGUUUUCUUUUCAAAUUCCAAUAAAUAUAUUUAACCACACAGGUAAAGCAAUAUCUGUAACUGUACAUACAGAUGGCCGAGAACCAAAAUUGGUUAUGUACAGUCAUAUUUUCAAAUUAAUAUGUUUUAACCUUUGAAAAAUACUGAAAAUCAUAAAAGAAAGCAAUUUUAUUUAUUUACUUAACUUCUUUAGUUAUCCAUCCCUCAUAUUACAAGCAUGUCCCCCAAAUAAUGAACUAUAUAUUCAACAAAAAAGAAGAAAAAAGCCUAAAAUAAUGAACAACAAUAAGUUUUGUAACGAGGGGAUAUAACCAGUUCUUGCCUCUCAUUCUUUGAUACAUUCCACAGCAAUAACUCAAUACAAGUGGUUUAUUUAUUUAUUUUAUAUGGCAACAAUACCACUCAUAAUACACACUACCCAUGCAAAUACUGGAAAACUUACUAGGAAUUAUUGUAUUUCAAUUUGAAUUUAAGCAGAGAUAAAGAUUCCACCCAAAUUAUUUAAGCUUGCAUCGGCUUAAAAAUGAAAACUGUCAUAUAAAUUACUAACCAAACAUGUUGUUACCGUUGCUCAUCUAUAGAACUGUCAUAUAAAUUACUAACCAAACAUGUUGUUACUGUUGCUCAUCUAUAAAACUGUCAUAUAGAUUACUAACCAAACAUGUUGUUACUGUUGCUCAUCUAUAAUUCUGUUUAUUAAUUUUCCAGUGCAAACAUAAAUACAAUUGGUAAUUAUACACAGUUUAACAAUCACAUCUGUAGUGAUGUUCCGUACGCUAUGUACCAGAGAAAAAAGCACUCCACACAGAUUUAAACUUAAGCACAUAGAGUGACAUGGAAAGGCUUAAACACAAGAAUUCCCAGUACAUGUAAUUUAUAAUAAUGAUCACAGUCUUAAUUAGAAAUAAAACAACACAAAUACAGUCUCAAAAGAUGGACAUUUAAGUAAAUACAAUAAUAAAAUAAGCUGGUAAAUAUAAAGGCAUCUAUGUACAAGAUAUCACAGUUCAAAUUCAGCAGUAUAUUCAGUACCUGUUACCAUCACUUAAGCUUUUGAUCAAAAAAUAGUUCAAAUUCAGCAGUAUAUUCAGUACCUGUUAUCAUCACUUCAGCUUUUGAUCGCCAAAUAGUUGAAAUUCAGCAGUAUAUUCAGCACUAUUACCAUCACUUAAAUUGUUGAUCGCCAAAUGAACAACAAGAAAAAAAGUUCAAUAUUGUUAAUAUAUUUUAUAAUAAAAGCACCAAAAAAAGGUAAUUUGGCAAUUUAUUGACACUUUGGGGGAUAAGUCUUUACUUUAGUUGGUUGCAUUUUGUUAUUGUUAAGACAAGCUAAUUUUACAAAAUAUUUUUCAAUUUUUUUUUUACUAAAAAUGUUUUACUGUUUAGGUGCAAUUCUACGCCAUUAUGGAAUGACAAAUAAGUAAAA